UUGAUCCGCAAGACUACAAAGCUUUAUACGGCGUAUCGGCCCUCACUUACUAAAUUGCACCUUUUCAUGGCACGUGAUAUAAUCUGUGUAGAAAGCCUGUCAGUCCGCCUCGACGGAGAGUUGGCCUGAUGUGGCCGUGUUUAAUUGGAUUAAAGGCACACCGAGAUCUCGCAGUAGAAUUCAGGCUCGUAUUCACCCUGAAACAGCCUGAAAAUCGUGAGAAUAGGUCUCGAAAAAAUACAAGGAGUACACUCAUGUUUUCAUCAUUGAAUGCCGUCGGAAACCAGCCAGGAGGGUUCGGGAAUCCCACAGACCAGGAACUAUAUGAUUACCCAUGGAAAUACAUUGGUUAUAAAGACUUUGCUACCUAUGCCUCUUCAGACCCCGAUUUCUUUGCUCUCCGACGAUUCGAUAGGCUACAUACAAGAUCUCUAUUGACCUUGCAAGACCAGCUCAGCGAGCUAGAAGAAGGCCUAGAUCAAUUAGACAACCAGUUGAGCAGCAAGAACACCAAGCUGAUAGGGAAGAACCCCCCUAGGAUCAUUGAUGUCCGCCUAGAAAGAACCAACACAUAUAAUGAUAUCCCUAGAGAUAUCAACAAUGGCACGAUUCGUGACGAUCUGGCUGAGAGAGCUCAGCUCGUGGCCCAAGUUACAGCAAAGCUCCAACAGUACGACGAUGCUGUGCUCAGAUACUCGCAAAUGCGGCGCCUAUUUCCGGCUUCCAAAAGAACUGUCGACAACAUAAAAACAUGGCUUGAUAACAAUGAAGGCGCAAUCAUGGAAGCUGAGACAAAAUUUAUCCACAAUUCUGAUGAGCUUAUCUCCAUUUGCGGCCCAAGGUCGGCCAUCCGCCAAUGGUUUGAGAACCAGGUUGUCUUGCGCACGCACCCCAAACUUGGAAUAUUCGGGAUCCAACGACACCGACGCUCACCAUUAAGCCCACACGAAGAAGUUACUACAUAUACAUUCAGUGACAAGGCUAUAGAGGUGUUCGGAUCCCUGGUUGUAUUUGUGGCGGCGUCUAUCAUGCUGAUUGCCCCCCUCUGGAUUUUAUCGAGUUUAGGCACCCUUAAUCAAAGGCUGGGAGUUAUUACGGUCUUCAUACUGCUUUGUUUGGGAUUUCUCAGUCUCACUACUCUAGGGCGGCCGUUCGAAAGGCUGGCAGCAACUGCUGGAUACUCGGCUGUCUUGGUAGUAUUCUUGCAGUUAGGACCACAAACGUGUAAUCAAUGUUAGGAUUUUUUUUGGGAGGGGUUACGAAAAGACCGCAGCGGAACAUCAAGUAUAAAUAGACUCUUGAUACUAGGUAAGAGACGGGCAUGGUAUCGAUAAUGAACAGGAGAGGAUAUUGAAUUGCUGUUUAUAGCUACUUCCAUUCUCGUUUUUUUUUGUUGUUUUUUUUCAGAUCUGGACCCUUUGGGAGCAUAUUGGCCUCUGCCAGUAAUACCGACUAGGUAUCAUACCAUGACUAUGUGUUAGCUCUCUUACACUUAUUUCAUUUCCAUAGACACCGAGAGGCAUUGAAUAUAACAAGUAUCACUUACGCAGGUAAACCAGGAACUGAAUUCUCUAUGGCAAGCAUAUAUGUUUUAGCAUUGCGUACUGUAUACAUAGAAGUACUGUGUCAGAUUUUCAUAUCGGCCAUCUGUG